CUGCUGGGAAGGAAUCUCUAAACUUUUCCCACACAGUGCUGAGGGACUGUUUACUGUUUAACUUUAACUCCGACUCUUCCCCUGAAUGUGAGAGUAACGGGACCGUCGCCACACUCCACAGUGUCGGUGAUGAAGUGGAUGCUACUGGCCGCCUGGAAGAAGGAAACUUGGAGAGUAAAAACUUGUGGAGUGAUGCCGAGCGACUACAUCCUCCCUCCAAAGUUCAGCUAACGUUAGCUAGCCUUAACUCAGCAGCUCGCUAACUCUGAUGUGAAAGUUAAAAAGAAUAUGAUAAGUGUCUGUUUAUCUGUCAAAACACAGUCGUAACACAUUAGCUGGCGCAGCGGGAGAAAGCAGAGAGGGUAUGUAAUGCGUGUGGCAGACUGAAAGCUUUCAUCCUUGGCUUGUUUUCCUAGCCAGGUUACAGUAUCAAGCUAAUCAUCUUUAGCCAAGUGGAGCUAGCUGACAGACAGCUAGCCUCUGUCACAGUGAAGUUACCAGACUUAGUUAAAAGUCUGGGAGACAUGACAUGAAACACACUUCUCCUUUAACGGCUAAUCUCCGUCACCAAGAGGCCACAGUACUUUCUUGAACAACUUUAUAACUUCCAUGGACCAGCUGAGUAGCUGGAUGUUACUGGAGGAGAUGUGAAGAGGAGAAGGGGAGACAAACCUCCAGCCAUAGCUUGAGAAGUUCAUUUUAGAUAAUAUAGUUGUUCCUGUAAAUGUCAUGGACAGACAGUAAACACAAUUGAAAGUAAAUAGCUCUAUUGACUCUGGACCUCUUUGAAAACCAGUGUCACUUUUGGACAAGCUGGUUUGUAAAGUGACCCUAAGCCACUAAUCCCACCAUUUUCUGUUACAUCCCUAUUUUGGGCUGCAUACUCCAGUUUUAGAACCUUCCUGCAUCAUAAUCACCAUUGUUCAACACUCACAACCAGAAGGCCUGCAUCUUGGAUGAAGUGGAGGUGCUAUGAUGAAGGUGACGGUGACAUUUGGGCAGACAGGUGUGGUGGUGCCCUGCAAGGAGGGCUGGACUGUGAGGGACCUCAUCCUGCAAGCCACUCAGAGAUACAGAAAACUCCUGGAACAGGAAGGAGAUUUCCUGGUUCGCACCCACCAUGUUGAAUACUGUGACGGGGGAAUUCUGGACCCCGAUGAUAUACUCAGUGACCUGGUGGAAGAUAAGGACAAGCUGAUGGCGGUGUAUGAGGAGCAGGAAGCCCAGCAGAGGGGCGUGGCUAACACAAGGCUAGCCCCCAGCCCUGACCUCUACCAGUCUGAGCUCUCUGUCUUCCAGCCAAUCGCAGGAGGAGAGAUUGAAGUCACUUCAUCUGCCCUCAAGUCCAACACCCCCCUGUUGGUGAGGAGCAGCAGUGAAUCAGCGCUCAGCCCCCAGCCCACAGAAACUGAAGCCUCCCUCAAUAAGGACGCCGCUGGGAUGGCAGCCAGUCCCGCUGUGGAGAGGCCAGCAGGGGUAGACCGAUCCCAAGGCAAACACACCUACAACAGCAGCCUGACUAGAACAGUGGAGAUCCUGGGAGAGGAAAGUCCCCUGGGAAUCCACGUGGUCCCUUACAGCUCAUCACUCAGUGGACGGUCUCUCGGUCUGUUCAUUCGUGGAGUGGAGGAGGAGAGUCGCUCAAGAAAGGAAGGCUUGUUUCAAGAGGACGAGUGCAUCGUCAGGAUCAACAGCACCGACCUCAUGGACAAGACAUUCAGCCAAGCCCAGGAAGUGUUCCGCCAGGCCAUGCGCUCACCAGUUGUCCGAUUGGAAGUAGUUCCAGCCGCCAACAGAGAACGCUAUGAGAAGAGUCUGAUUGGUCAGCUUUUUGGCAGCAGUGCCGGUCCGGACAGCAGCCCCCGAAUCACCAAGACCAAAGAGCCCCCACCACCUGUCAAAGCCAAACCAGUGUUUAAGCCCUCUGAGAAUCCAGCCCUGCGACUGGCAGAGGAAGCUUCCUCUGCGGAGGUUUCUGUCAGUACACCCAAAGGGAGGAGUGAGAGUCCGCUCCUUAAGAAAAGUCCCGCCCUCUCCAGCUUGGUGACCAAUAAGAAAGGAGGACGAAGACUGAGGAUCGAUCUAAAGAAAGGUUCGGAAGGUCUUGGUUUUACUGUAGUAACCAGAGAUUCUUCAGUCCACGGUCCUGGUCCUAUUCUGGUCAAAAAUAUUCUGGCUCGUGGAGCCGCUGUCAAAGACGGACGCCUGCAGUCUGGAGACCGCAUACUUGAGGUCAAUGGGGUGGAUAUCACAGGUGUGGGCCAAGAAGAGUUGGUGUGUAUGCUACGCAGCACGCGGCAGGGAGAGAGUGUGUGUCUUGUGGUCCUACGGCAGGAAGACAUGUUCCUGCCUCGAGAGAUGAAGGAAGACUUGUCCCGUGUGACUGGCUUUGUGUCGGAGAGUGGGAAGGAGCAGCUCAUGUUUGAGGUGCCCCUUAAUGACACUGGCUCGGCAGGCCUGGGCAUCAGCCUCAAAGGAAAUAAGUCCAGGGAGACAGGAGAGGACCUGGGCAUCUUCAUCAAAUCCAUUAUACAUGGAGGGGCAGCAUACAAGGAUGGCCGUCUUCGUGUCAAUGACCAGAUGGUUGCAGUAAACGGAGAGUCACUGCUGGGACGCUCCAACCACGUGGCCAUGGAGACGCUGCGCCGCUCCAUGUCACAGGAGGGAAACGUUAGAGGGACAAUCCAACUCGUGGUACUGAGGGCUCAGAAGGAUCAACAUGGGGCGUCACCCAAUCGCUCAUUUGACGGCUCCUCUGGUGUGUCAGGGUUGGUGGGUCCAGUGAACGGUCAGACUAACGGCCCCAUGCCCUCUCACAUGGUCAACAACUCGCUCUAUGCAUCAAAUGUGACCAAUGGGAGUUAUUCUUACAUGGAUGAGGAAGAGGAGGGGGAGCUGUAUGGACAUGAGACAGAGUUCAGCAGUUCGAACCAACACUCCUACCUGCAGGAAAGGGAUAACUCUCACACCUCAAGCCCAGCCCAGCCCCAGUCUGCAGCCCAGAACCAGCAUCAGCGGCAGUUCCAGCAUGUUAAAGCCUCCAAGAGCAUGGACCUGGGUACGACUCAGAAUCAGCAACACACUGUGGCAGAUGAGAGCAACGUGGGAUCCCUGGUUGGAAACACUGCAGCACCAUUACCUCCUAUUGAACUGGGCCCUACCCUCGGCUUAAAGAAGUCCAGUUCCUUGGAGAGUCUCCAGACCGCCAUGUCGGAGGUUAACAGGAAAAACGAGCUGCUCCCUUUCCAUCGACCUCGCCCCAAUAUGGUCAGAGGACGAGGCUGCAACGAGAGCUUCAGGGCAGCUAUCGACAAAUCCUACGAUGGGCCACCUGAAGAUGAUGAUGAUGAUGGUUCGGAGCUGAGUUCAGGCCGGGACACCCCUGCAAGUAGCUCAUCCCGCCAGGGGGUUGGGGAUCGGAUAGAGGACAAAGGCAAAAAAGACAAGAAAAAGAAACCGAAAACAAAGAAGAAGGAGAAGAACAACAAGGGGAAAGCAAAGGAGAAAGAGAAAAAGAAAGCAGAGGAGCCCGAGGAGACGGAGAAGAAGAGCAAGAAAAUAGGCUUCAGCCUGCUGAGAUUCGGUAAGAAAAAAGAGGAGAAGAAGGAGGCGAAAGCAGCUCUGCAGCGACAGAAGUCAGACGUUCUGAGUGAUCACGAGUUCGAAAGGAUCAGAGAUGAGAGGGAAAGGAUUGAGGCGGGGCAUCCUGAGCUGCGAGAGCAACGGGCCAACAACCAGCAAAGUGGUGGCGGUGGCGGGUCGGCGUAUCCAGAUGUUGAAGAUGACGACGCAGACCCCAACUACGCCCGAAUCCAAUCCUUCAGGGACCGAGACAUGGCUGCAAUGCCGCAGCCACCCUCUCAGUCCCCGGCCUACGGUGCAGUUCAGCACGGCCACGCCGGCACCCCGUCCCCCCAAGGCCCGCCUGCCUUUACAGGGCAUGGAAAUCACGCUAACGACCCCGGAGGCAUGCCUGAUGAUGACCCUCUUGAUAGGCUGUACGCCAAAGUCAAUAAACCAAGAGGAGCAGUUACUACAUCUCCUCCUGUGUCUGCUACUGCUAAUGACAGUGUGGACAGGAUCCAGCAGCUAAGAAGAGAAUACCAGCAGGCCAGGAGAGAAGGAAUGGUGCCGCCUUAUGAAGAACUGGACCCACGACGCAGAGCACAUGAGAACGAGGCACACAGGCAGAUGCCAGGCAGAGGGACGGAUCAUCGGCUGGCGCCACGUUAUGAAGAAGUGGAACGUCAGUACGCCUCCUUACCAAGACGAGGUCCGUUGGAUCCAGCAGACUACCCCAUGCAGCCCUGGUCAGGUCAUUACCCCGGACCUCCCCAGGGCCCACAGGGGUACCCUCAGUCCCCAUCCUACCCUAACCCCAACCCCCAGCCUGCACCGUCUUACUCCGGCUACCCACCCGGCCAGCCAUAUGCACGGCCGGGUGACCCUCGGGCCAUCGACCCUGGGUACUACCCCCACCCAAGCUCCCAGCAGAGAGGCCCCUUACGUCAGGAUGUUCCCCCGUCUCCCACCCCUCCACUCCGAGGAAUGCGGUACGACACUAUGACGCGUGGAACCGCUGGUGGAGGUUACAGGUAGGGCCGAUUAGCGGAUGGAGACGAUCCCAGGCACCUGGUGGAUCCCAGUUCAGACCAAUAUGGCUAUACUGGGGAGGGAGGACGACAGCAACACCAAACCAACCCGAGACAGAAGAAUGCCAUGACUGCAGCUGUGUAGAGCAAUCAGGUCCAGAGAAGAAAACGCUAACUGCUUUGUGUUCAGCUCUUCGGUACUCCAAUGAAAUAGAGUUGAAACCUCCUAUUGGUGUGAUUUGAAUCACCAUCAUUAUCAAACGCUGUCUGCGCUGUUUGAAGUAUAUGGUAAUACACAGACAAGCAAGGUAAAGAAGGUUAAUUAUAGAGUGGCCGGCGUGAUGCAUAAUGUCUUGUUGUUUGAAGUCAUUUAAUUUGCUUUGAGUCUUCUAGCAGUAUAAAAUUAUCAGGGUUUUUAUAUUUCACUGUUCACUGUGAUUAAGUCGUCUCUUUCAAGAAUCAGUCAGAGCCACUAAGGUUUGGAUCCAUUUAAAUUAAGGCAUACAUACAGCUCUACGCACUCAUAUUGAACCAGCUGCCACUCCACAAACAAGAAAAUUAUAUAAGAUAUUCUAAAAUGCAACAUGGAGUAACAUGUUGUGGCUAUUCACAAGAUUAAAUGAUAAUAAUAAUAAUAAUAAUAAUAAUAAUAAUAAUAAUAAUAAUAAUCUUUAUUUAUAGAGCACUUUGUAAAACACAUGUUACAAAAUGCAU